AUGGUCAAGUGUCGCGGUUUCCGUACUGUCAGGAAGCUCUGUAGCCACCGAAAAGACCAGAAGUGGCAUGAUAAACAGUACAAGAAAGCCCAUUUUGACACAGCCCUGAAGCCCAACCCUUUUGGACGCGCUUCUCAUGCCAAGGGAAUUGCACUUGAAAACGUAAUGGUUGAAGCCAAACAGCCAAGUUCUACCAUCAGGAAGUCAUGGUUCAGCUCAUCAAGAAUGGCAAAAAAAAUCACAGCCUUUGUACCCAAUGAUGGUUGCUUGAAUUUUAUUGAGGAAAAUGAUGAAGUUUCAGUUGCUGGAUUUGGUCACAAAGGUCAUGCUGUUGUUGACAUUCCUAGAGUCCACUUUAAGGUUGUCAAAGUAGCCGACAUCUCUCUUUUGGCCCUAUACAAAGGCAAGAAGGAAAGACCAAGAUCAUAGAUUUUGAUGGU